UUCCUUAUCAAAACCUUACACUACUUCACAUAACACUACAUCUCUCUCUCUCUCCACAGUAAUCGCUUCCACAAAUGGCAUCAACAAAUGCUUUAACCUUCAAAGUUACAAGGCAGAACCCAGAGCUGAUCCCUCCGGCGAAACCCACGCCCCACGAACUCAAACCCCUCUCCGAUAUCGACGAUCAAGAGGGCCUCCGCUUCCAAAUCCCCCUCAUCCAGUUCUACCGGAGAAACCCCGCAAUGAACCGAAAAGAUCCCGUCAUGGUUAUCCGCGACGCCCUGGCCAGGGCAUUGGUUUUCUACUACCCGUUUGCCGGGCGGUUGAGGGAGGCGGCCGGCAGGAAGCUGGUGGUGGAGUGCACGGGCGAGGGCGUUCUGUUUAUUGAGGCAGACGCGGACGUGACGCUGCAGCAGUUCCGACGCACUUCAUCCGCCGUUCCUCUUCAGCCGCCGUUCCCGUGCCUGGAGGAGCUGCUUUACGAUGUGCCGGAGUCCGCCGGAGUGGUGAACUGCCCUCUCUUGCUUAUUCAGGUCACGCGUUUAAGAUGUGGUGGGUUUAUCUUUGCUCUCCGCCUCAACCACACAAUGAGUGACGCUGCUGGGCUUGUUCAAUUUAUGGCCGCCGUCGGCGAGCUCGCGCGGGCCGCUGAAAUGCCUUCCGUUCUACCAGUUUGGCAAAGAGACCUCCUAAACGCACGUGAUCCACCUCGCGUGAGCUGCACGCUCCAUGAGUAUGAUGACGUACCGGACACCAGGGGAACCCUCAUACCACUAGACGACAUGGUCCACCGCUCCUUCUUCUUCGGCACAGCCGAGAUCUCUGCCCUCCGACGACGCCUCCCAUCACACCUCCGCUCUUGCUCCACCUUCGAAAUUUUGACUGCUUGCCUCUGGCGCUGCCGCACAAUCGCGAUCUCUCCAGACCCUAAUGAAGAGGUCAGAAUCCUAUGCAUCGUGAACUCUCGCAAGAGAUUCAAUCCGCCACUCCCCGCUGGAUACUACGGCAAUGCGUUUGCGUUUGCCGUCGCCAUUUCCAGUGCCGAGAAGUUAUCCAGAAACCCCCUAGGUUAUGCGUUGGAGCUCGUGAGGAAGACGAAAGCCGACGUAACAGAGGAGUACAUGAAAUCAGUGGCGGAUCUGAUGGUGAUCAGAGGGCGCCCACAUUUCGCUGUGGUGCGAACUUAUCUGGUAUCUGAUGUGACACAUGCGGGCUUUGGAGAUGUGGACUUUGGGUGGGGCAAGGCGGCAUAUGGCGGGCCGGCGAAAGGCGGCGUCGGUGCGAUUCCCGGCGUUGCGAGUUUUUACAUACCCUUUACGAAUAACAAGGGUGAGAACGGAAUCGUGGUUCCCAUCUGCUUAGCGGCGAACGCAAUGGAAGUAUUUGUAAAAGAGCUUGAGAAGAUGCUGAAGAGAGAUGAUGAUGAUCUGAGGGCUGUUCGGAAAGACUCCAUUUUUAUCGCGUCGGCGCUAUGAAAUUGAUAAGUGUCUGUAUAUCACUUUUUGUGUUGUGCUGUGCUUGGAAUGUGUUGACAGAGAUACAGGGUAUGUAGAUGUACGAGGGAUUUCUAUGCAUGUUUUGUGAGAUGGGAGUGCUUGAGAGUAAUAAUGUUAAAAAAAAAAAGUUAAUGUAUAAGUGCUUAUAAAAGAGUUGGUUUUAUAACUUAUUUGUAAAAUUUUCUAAGUAUCUUGUUAGAUGGGGAAAUUUCAGUUUAAAA